ACGUGUCAAGAUUGUAGAACGGGCGUGGGGUUCAAGUGCCUCUCCCCAACAGGAGUACCUCGUCGGCGACCUGCGGCGGCGGCGAUGUCGGCGGCGGCGGCGGAGGCCACCGAGCGGGGCGAGCCCUCGGGCGGAGGCGGAGAGAUCGCGUACGUCAGCUACGGCGGGGAGCACCACCUCCCGCUGGUGAUGUCGCUGGUGGACGAGGAGCUCAGCGAGCCCUACUCCAUCUUCACCUACCGCUACUUCGUCUACCUCUGGCCCCAGCUCACCUUCCUCGCGUUCGAUCCCAAGGAUGGCAAGUGCGUGGGGACGGUGGUGUGCAAGAUGGGGGAGCACAGGGGGGCCUUCAGGGGGUACAUCGCCAUGCUCGUCGUGCUCAAGCCCUACCGCGGCAGGGGAAUCGCCACCGAAUUGGUUACGAGAUCUAUUCGGGUAAUGAUGGAAUCUGGCUGUGAGGAGGUGACACUUGAAGCAGAAGUUACGAACAAGGGCGCCCUCGCCUUAUAUGGUCGUUUGGGUUUCAUCCGAGCAAAGAGGCUGUACAGAUACUAUCUGAAUGGCGUCGACGCAUUUCGCCUGAAGCUGCUAUUUCCUCGCCCUGAUCCUGGUAUGCAUCCAAUGAUGAUGCUAGGCAAUGAGAGAGAUGACCAGCACAUGGAUUCUCCUUACUUGUGAUACCAUUCUGGUCGAUUGAUAGGAUGAGUUAGGAUCCAAGGCAUUUUGCUCUUUUAUGUCAGUUUGAUGAUGCUUUUGUAGCUUUGCUGUAACUCUUGUAACAUUGAUGUGUUCAAAGAUAGUAUCUUAUUUGACAUGGCAUUAUGUUUCUUUCAAUCCAUGUUAGACGGUUGAAAAAGAAUGCCUUAUUACAUA